CGCCGAACCACGGGACGAGCACGCGAGACGCCAUAUUGAGCGAAUGUUGAUUGAAUGCGGUUUAGGUGUUUACGCGGUUCCAAGUAAAACCCGUGGAAAACCGUAUCGAUUGCCGUGUGGCCCGGUUCGAGUGCUCGCGAACGAUCCACUUGGUGUACCAGUUGCACCACGCGGUGAUAGAAUGAGCGGCAGCGACGGCGAGGACGGUCAAUGCAAUAGGACGAGAGAAAGCAACGUAGUAGCGAUGGGUGACGUUCUCGCUAAGAAACACGCAGACGAUGCACCUCGCGAUACCUGCAUCGUUGCAGACGACGACCCAACGCGACAGGAUGUGGACUUGGCGACGGAUUACGAAAGCGACGCUGUCAGGUCACCUGUCGUCGCGAAUUUGGUUCCUGACGCGAACGGGGUGAUAGAUAUGAAUGCAGUUCAUGCUUUCAUAAAGGGUGCAAGAGAUCCUGGAUAUGUACAAACGGAUUCGUAUAAAGUGAAAAGAGAUCUCUGUAGAGAGGAACUGCAGAAGAUUAUAAAAUUUCAAAACUUAUGGAUGGAAUUGCAACAGUACAUGCGUGCCUCUUUCAAUGUUGCGCUAGAAGCUUCUCAUACCCCAGGGAACUUGUUAAUGCAACAAAAUGCACUUUCUAUGGACAAUAUGCAUGAGAUUGUUCUGCAACUAUGCAAUUGGGAUUCUGGACAGUUAUCUAUGAGGCUAGUGAGUCAGGCCCAAGAGUUUGUUAUAGAAGUAAAAGUUCGAUUGUUAGCUCUUCUACAUGAUCAUAGUGUAAAUAAUUUAGCAGAAAUUUUUCUUACAGGUCUCUUAGAUGAUUAUGAUGCAUUGAUAUCGACAGCAUCACAAAUUUCUGAAUUAGUAAAACCAUUGAAGGGUUAUUUGUGCAAAUUUACAUGGGACUGUUUCAUUAAAAAGUUAUAUCAGAUCUAUGUAUACGAUGAGUCAUUGGUACAAAAUAAUUUGCCUUCCUUUAUUGGACAGGUAAAUAUAUUAAAAGCAAAAGUAUACUUACCCCUGGACUACGUGAAAAGAUUAAUGGUUUCUUUGAUGUUACAGUUAAGGAAAUUUUUAUCUUUGAAAGGCUCGAAAUAUCAAGGUCUCGUUCAUCGAUAUUUAGCAUUUGACGACAAAAUGACGAAAAUCAGGGAUCUGUGGCCAGACACGGAACCGUGGAUGGACAAAUACAAUGCAGAAUUAGCAGUUCGAAUGACCAGGCUUAAGCAAAUAUGGAGGACUUGGGAAUUAUUUUCUGUAACUAGGAAAUUUAUAGAGCAGCGUAUGUCGAAUAAAUCGCUUGAUAGUGGAAAUGAAUUACAAGAAGUUGAUAGUCAAUUGUCAAUGCUUGCAUCGCAGGGGAAGGUUGAAAUGGACAGGCUACUUUCGUCUGCCGAGAUAGUUCAAAUUUUGAUCGACGAUAUAAUCGAAGAUCAACUUGCAAAAUGGACUCACGAAGGCGGAUGCUUAGAAAGUAACGCGAAAGAAGGGAAAUGUUGCGAAUUUCACACGUGUACAGGGUUUCCAGUGUCAUCGAAUGCGAAUAAAAGUGACACGGAAAGUAUAGGGUUGCCAAUAGAAAAUCCUUUUUCACAACUCAUUAAUGGUUUUUUAGAAGAAGACAUAGCAAAUUAUUCCGCAACACAGAUCAAAAAGAAAGUAGAUCCAAUGGAAUCGAAAGAAACGAAACUCGAUGUGAGUGAAAUUAGAAGUGUUCAGGAGGAUACAGAUUUGCGAACUGAACCGCAGCCUUGCUCGUGCGUGUAUCAGCAUGUUAGGGAAAUAACGGAACGGAAGAAAGGAGUUUUAGAAAAUCCUCCGUGUCCGUGUUUGUUAAACUCGAAACGGAAAUGGAACACUUGUCCAUGCCUAACAAAAUCUGUACCUGAAAUGGCUGUGUCGAACAAUCACCCAAAGCCAGCAUCUCCUACGACUGUGAAGACUAAUCAAGAACCAACUAAACCUGUAGUGAAAUCUGGUUCUACGCAAUCUGCUCAAACACAAACAAGACAUUCUACCACGCAAACGCCAAACACCGCUCACAAUCAUCCAACACAUCUCGGUAGGUGUACCACUCAUCCUCCACACACGCACGGGCCUCUACCGGACUUGGUUAAAAACGCGGCCCCUCCUCACAGAUCUCACACACACAACAAUCAUUCGUCGCAUGCAUGUCACAAACAAGCCAACGUCGAGCACAUCAAAAGAGUAUCGUGUAAUGAUUUGAGUUCCGGGGACGGUGAUUGUUCUGAUUCCGGAAGCAGUCAAGAGGACUCUUGUUCGACCAGUAGUUCGGCACAAAGGGACUCGAGUAGGCAUUGUGAUUGUUGUUACUGUGAGGUGUUCGGACAUGGAGUUCCUUCUGUAGCGCCAGUUAGUAGGAAUUAUAAUGAAAUGAGAGAAAGAUUGAGACAGUUGUUAACUAAGAAAAAGGCCAAGAAGUGUAAAGCCACGUGUAGUCCUUCGAAGAGUUCUUCGGAGUCAUCGACGAAUACGAAUCCAGAAACAAAGACGGUGACCAGCAUGGCGCCUAGGUCUAAUACUCCAGUUUCUACUACCUCUACGGUCCAACAGGAUCAAAGAGAUCAGAGGGAUUUGGAAGAAUUGUUAGAGUUCAUUGAAGGGAAUCAAAAUGGGAAAAAGGAUAAUAAUAAGAAAGCGGAGAAGAAAGCCAGGCAGAAGCAACGAAAGGUGGAGGAAAAGCUGAAAAGAGAUAGGCAAGAGGCAGAAAGACAAAAACUGAUAGAACUACAGAAAAAAACGCCGGAAGUAACGAUUACAGUCGUAGACCCACAGAAACCUGUUUCUCAGAGAUUAUUACCUCAGUGUAAUCUACCCGAAGUAUCUAUUUUACCUACAUCACCGCCAGUAGCAUUGCCGAGUGUAAAGCAAUUAAGUAAUAAAAAGAAAGACAAGCAAGAAAUUUGUAGCAAUAGUAGCAACACUAGUAGUAGUAGCUGUAGCAGCAGCAGUAGUAGUAGUACCAUUAGUAUAAAUAGUAAGGCGAAGGCUGCAUCUGUGAAUACGAAUUUAAAGAAUAAAAGUAUUAAUCCAAGCAAAGUUGAUAAGACGGUGGUUGCUAGCCAGACGAAUAAGUUGACCAGUAAAACUGACAAAGCCGAAAUUAUUAAUAAGAGUAAUAAAGUAUUGACAAGUACCAACGGUACAAGCACGAAAAGUAGUACAAACGGUACAGAGAAAUCGCUGGCAGUGGAAGUAAACGACAAAAAGUUAACGAAGAAAGAAAGGAAGAAGCAAAAGAAAGAACUGAAGAAGCUGGAAGAAGCGAAGGCGAAAGAAGUGAAGAAACCGGUUCAGCCGGAGAGCCAGCCUCAGAUGGUCACCAUUAAAAGGGUUAUGGAGUCGAACAGUGCAGAGCCUACGGUUACAAUUACGUUAAAGGGUCAAACACCGGCCGAGGAUAAAGUAUUGUUCACGUUGGUGAAUGGGCAAACCAAGGAAGUUUCGCUGCCCAAGUUGGAGAACGAACAGAAUCAGAAUAUUAGUGGGAAGAAGAAAAAAACCAAAGCAAAUAACAACAACAACAACAACAAUAACAACACCAACAAUAAUAAUAACAAUAGCAAUAACAACAAUAACUCAUUACAGCAAGGCAACAAGUCUCAACAGACAAAUAAUACGAAGCAACAGGCGCAAAAUAAAAUUUGUGACAAUAAGAAUGUUAAACAACAAGGAAAUAGUGAGAAAACUAAGGGAAAGGACGAGAAGAAGGUCCAGCAGCAGAAUAUAACGGAGACGAAGAAGUCUAAGAAAGAUAAGAAGAACACCGAGAACAAAGAAAACGUGCUGCAACAGAAUACAGUAAAUAAGAAUAAGAAUCAGCAGCAAACAGUGUCUAGCAAGAAACAGAAUAAAAUAAAUACUCCCCCUCAGACACCAGUCUCUCAAAAAUCACCGCCGAAUCUCACUAAUGAAAACAAUAAGAAAUCAAAGGGUCAGGAGCAAGAAAAAAGCGGCCAGUUGAAUUCCAGUAAGAACAAUAAGAAUGCAAGUACCAAUGGGACAUGCAAACAGGCGAAAAACGAUAAUCAGAAGAUACAAACUAAGAUAGCCUCUUCCCAACCGACAAUCAAGCGAUCGGAGAUUCAACCCACCACCGCUGAGCGAGUUAACUCCCCUUUAAGUAGCCAGUUCAAAGACAUCAGCGCAAAUUCGAAGAUCAACAUAGAAAAUUUAAAACUACCACCUGGGAUCACAAUAACGAAGGUCGACGCCCCCGCUAAACCAUUGCCAAUAAGAUCAGCGCCGUUGCCCAAGCCAGUAAAUCCUCCCAAGCAAACUACAAUAAUCGCUGCACCGAUGAGUAGCGUCCAGUCGAGUUACUCGAGCUCUCAAGCGGGCGGCAACGUGAUCGUGGUCGAUACUGGAAAACUGAAGCAAGACCUUCUCCCGAAACCCACGGAAAAAGACGUGCCUAAAGAAAACCAACAAAACUCGAGCACCACGGGGAAAAAGAAGAAGAAAAAGAACAAAAGUGGAGCCAACACGGUAAACGCCGGCAAUCAGACGACAGCGCAAAACAACGAUCCGUUCGCGAAUGAUCACACGGAUGAACCUGCUAGAAUACUCCAUAAUCCUAACACGAACAUGGUGACCAUAAGGAACCCAGCGUUUGGUCCGAUGAAAGUGCCUCCGACGCAACAGGCAGCUAUCAUAAAGGUGUCGGAGAACGGAAUGGUGACCAUCAGGAGUCCUGCGCUGCAACAGGCGAUCAAUGCAGGCCUAACGUCGCCCCCGAAGCCCGAUUACAUAGUGAAAGGUGACCUGUCGUCCAGGACAUCCGCGGAGAGCUCGAAUCUAAAGCACACGAACGGUAUUAUCCCGUCGAGCCUCGCCGAACUGAGGAGCAGACUGACGCCAGAUUGCACGACCCUCAGCGAUCUGGCCAACAUUCAGAUCAGCAAGGUGACGAACGGUCAACCGAUACCGGAGAACGGGAUCAACUUGAAGGGAACCAGCGUGACCUUGACGAAGGUGAGGACAGAGGCGAGCAUAAAGGACGUACAGAGCGCGAAAACGGCGGUCCGGGAAGCGAUAAAUGCUUCAAUAGCGGCGUCGAGUACCGGGAAGAGCAAGAAAAAGAAAAAACGCGGAACCGGCACGAGACAGUGCGGCGAUGACUGGAACCUCGUUGAGAGCGUAUUCACGCCCAAAGAUAUAGACCUCGAGGACGGGGAGAUGGACGACGCCGAGCGCGAGCUGGAGGCGUUCAAGAGGUUUUGCCUGCAAUCGGUGCCGCCUCCUCGCAAGGAGAAGGUCAACCUGAACAUCAAGGACAUCGUGCUGAAGAAGAAAUCGUCAUCGUCAUCGUCGUCGUCCUCGGCGGCUGCCGCCGUCAUCGCCGCGAAUUGAUUCGCCAAUGGCCACCUAGCCCUUAGGGUACGUUUAUAGCGGGACCGUUGCGAGAGCGAACCGAGGGAACCGCGUACCUUUGUUCGAAACGAACGCGUUCGCGUCAGUUUGACGAUCAACGAUACAAGUGUCGCAAAUCGACGCUCUCUCAGCUUCUCGCCGCUGCGCCGCUGCAAACGUACCUUCGGACGCGUUGGCUUGACGCAACAACCGACGCGAGGGAGAGCUUAAUGCCCGAGAACGCAGCUUUCUAUUGUUUCCCCAAGAGUGGACAAUAAUACACGAUCGCUCGAGUCGGGACAGCCCGACGAUGCAAUCUCUCGGAAGAACGUUAGGGGGACGAACGCCUAAGGGUGAAUUUUUAAUCAACUUUUGCUGGAGCUGGUGGCAACGUGUUACAGCCGACGCGUAGACGUUUUACCGGGUCACUAGUUCGAUAGAUCUAGAAUAAAGUUUUUAAGACGGAAACGUGUACACUGUUUUCGUACACGGUUUUUAUCUAGAUAGGAAUUCUUUUGUAACGCAUCGAAUCACGCAUUAUGAUUAUUUAUUACAAGGGUACACCACUUUUUGGUGAGCGCGAAUGGAGGUUGACACGCUGAAUGCCACGGUGACUCCCAAAUCGAAUUACUAUAGUUCAUUGAAUAUGAUUACUUGAAAACAUUUGUACAUUACAAUGUUGCUUAACGAUAUUAAGAUGAGCGUGCAGUAACGCGAUUCGAUCGAAUGAUUUGAUAUCAUAUCGUUUCCAUUUUGUAUACUUCGCUCUAGGAAAUUGUGCGGCGUUCAACGUGUCGAUCGGUUGUGUAAAAAUUGUUUAUGUAUUCUCCAUGUGGAGGCUCUUUUUAUUCGAGUUCCACGUUGCGUUUGUAGCUCGACGAUCUGCCGAAAUUACACCGUUUCAUCGUUGAUUACCUGCUCGCUGAAGGAACCGUUAUCGGCGAGUCGAACCCUGUCACCGGCAAAACCCGAUUAAAAAGUCACAAUUACGCUCGAGUGUCUCCUCCGCGGGCCUUCCGGCCGCGCCGCGCGAAGGGGGAGGAAAGACGGAGCACGAUUCGCGACGCAAUGGAAGCGUUCGAGCGGCGAAGGGAAACUCUGCGACGUUUGCAUCGAGCCAAUCGCUGGCUGGCGAACGACGAAUGUAAUACUGCCACGGCCGAUGCGAGUGAACACGCGACCGACUGGGAACGCGAUCCGUUUCCGGGUCUCGACGACGCGGUGACUCUGCGCGACAAUUCUGAUCCCUGAUCCGAGAAUACGGUGGACGAAUUCAAAGGAAUAUAGAAAUUUAGCGGGCCAGCCGCCGCGGUACGAUAUACUCGGUGAUCGACGUCGUCGACGAGGGGGACGAAUACCGUUUUGUAUUAGUCGUCGUGUCGUCGUCGUGUCGGCGACCUAGUCGACUUCAUAUUUUUAAUAUUAGUAGGACGAGCGUGUAAUAAAGAUUAAUAGCGAUUCUUCGUUUGCGAAGAGACGAAUUUAAACAAGGUCAAAGAAAAACGCCUUGGGGUACAAUGUACGAUGGGGUGGGGGUGACGCGUUUGUUCCUUGUGGAUACAGACGAGCCGUUAGAUAUGUACACGUAUAUAUAUGUAUCUUUAUAUACUGAAUUUAUAUGUAUAUACAUAUAUAUAUGUGUGUGUAUUAUAAAUAAAAAGAAACAGAAUUUUGAACAGUGUAUGUAUGUAUAUGUAUAUCUAUAAAUAUAGUAGGAACGAAUUCUCCUGCCGGAAGGGGCCAUGUUCGGUUCGGGACGUCGGCCCCUUCGAAUUUCGAUCGCGUCACGAUUAAUGUCUCCCGAUCGAUGUGGGAUUAUUAAUUGAGAGCGCGUGGACAACGGCGACGCUUCCCUUAAAUAUCCGCGCGCGCGCGCGUGCGACGGUUACCGGUGUUGUUUGUGGUAUCGGUAAAACGCGCGAGCGCAAGAGAUAAGAAUAUACACAUAGACACGUUUCGUCGUCGUAAUACCGGCGAUCAGGCGUUCCGCGUCGCCACGAUCGCGAUCGCGGGCUUCGGAGCACACUCCUCGAUCGAUUUAUGUCCGAUACACAACACCACUGACACACGUACACGGAGACACAAUUCUCUCAUCUUUUUUUUUUCAA